GGCCUAGGUAUGUUUUCGUCCUGAGAUUAUCUCAUUUGUUUGAUUUAAAGCGGAAGUAAAACACAUCCCAAUGAAAGAUAGUUCUUCAACGAUUUCAUUUACUAGGGAUAUGGAAUUUGUGCACGAGAAAAAAGAUUACAAUGUAGCCGAGUUUUACGAACGUUUUAACAAUGACCUGCCACAGAUCGUGAUUGUGACCCAAGGAUUCUGCGGGACAAUCACCGAGGAUACCUUUGACAAGGAACAGGUGCUUCGUAUACAUGUCGUUUCAAAACAAAGACGGGUUAUAGCCAAGUUCCAGUACAAGAAUAAUUCUAGAUUAAUCAGUAUUCCGGAAUCCUAUGAGGAACGUUUGUGUGUUGUUAAACAAGCCGGGGAACGUGAGUAA